AUAAUGUAACUGAUGAGUGAUGACUGAUGACAAGUAAUAAAUUACUAAUAAGUAUGUAUUUAAAACAUGGAAUUAGUAGGUGUUAAAUAAUUAAGUAAAAAGUUUACUAUUUGAAAACAGUGUAAUCUAUUCGUAAUUUUAUUAGUAAUUGAACAGACUCAACACUGUGACGGCAAAUCGAUAGUAAUAUUAUGAUUGUAAUUAUCGUAAAUAUAAACUACUACACCAAGCAAGGCAAAGCGGCUUAGACAACUAAUAAGAUGUAAACAAAUUGUAGUAGUUCUAGUAGAUAACUGGUCACCAUGGGAUCAAAAGACAAGAUCUGGGCAAUAUCAGAGCUGACAAAAUUUGCUCAGAAAUUCCAGAAAGUAUAUGCUUUGUGCAAUAUUUCUUGGUUUCACCAGGGCAGGCCUCCACUAGCAAACAGACACAAUAUGGCGCUGAAAGAGCUGGCUUGCUUGCUGGGCGAGCCCACUGACGCGCGUUACAUGGAGCAGCGCGUCUACGACUUCAUUGGCAAUUUGCUGCAUCUGAUGCGUGACGUGGCCCGCGAGGAGACGCCUUGGGACACGCUGCCGCCCGUGUUAAAGCGUCUCGGCACUCGCCUCAAUUUCAUCGACGUGGCGUCGGUGAUGGAGACGGGCGAGUGUCGGGCCGACGGCGCCGUCAACCCCGCCAAGAUGAAGAGCUUCGCGACGAGGCUCGUGAAGGCGGUCCAGAGAGCCGUCGCCGAGCGUGCGAAAUCGCAAGCCCUUCGGGGAUUGCCGCCGCGCGAAUGGGACACGGCCCGCUUCCUGAAGAGUAUAGCCGCCGUCGAGGUCUUCGCCCGCGAGACGUCCGCCGACGCGGGCGCCCUGCUGCAGAUCUGGCUACGCAUGUACGAGGAGACGCGUCGCGAGCUGUGCCGAGGGGGCCGCGAGCCGUCGCUGUCGCCGCCCGAGUGGCGGCUGGCCGACCUGCUUCUGCUGCACGAGCCCGCGCUGCCGCUCCUCGAGCGCGCCGGCGAGCAGGUGUGUCCGGAGCGAUCGCUGCGCUUCCUCGUGCGACUCGUGGCAGCCGGCACGACGAGGCUGGCGCGGCGCGAAGGCCCCGACCCGGUGUUCGGAGCUUCCCUCCCGCCGCCGAAUCGCCCCGAGGAGGCGCUCGAGUACGGCGACUGGGUCCGCUCCGUGUGGACGGCCGUCCACAUCGCUUUCUGUAAAAAGGAGCAUCCGGUGUCGAGCGUGCUGCUGCAGCGGCGUUGGCACGAGCUGCGGCUGCUGGCUCGCGAGGACCGGGAGGCGCCGACGCCGUCGGCGCUGCUGCUGAGGCGGUUCCUCGACGCGGAUAGUGCGGCUCCCCCGUCUUGGCCGAGCCUAGUGGAGCGGGGACUGGUCGUCGACCUCACUGCGUUGGGAUGCCAGAACCCCGAUCUGCUGUGUCUCCUCGACGAUAUCGAACACACCUUCGUGUCGGAGAUCCCUUCGGAGGCGAUCCCGCAGAGAGACAUCGUGCGACAGCUUCAGGCCAUGGACCCCAGCCGGGCCGAGGUGUCCAUCCUCUUCGACCCUCACUCCGACUCCGAGCCCGAAGACGGCCCCGCCCCUCCCGCGGCCCCCGCCGACAAGGACGACUCGCUGAGCUUCAUCAUCAGGCAAGCCCUCAACUGUCGAUCCGUCGUGCGACUGCAGGCGCCGCGUCUGCGGGAGCUCACCGACGACAUCCUCGAGAAGAACUCCGUGCUCGCCGACAAGUGGGACGACUCGGACGAGGAGCGCCCUCUGGUCAUCGACGAGACCAAACCCGAAAUAGAGAGCGAGACGAGGAAGCGAACUCUGAGCAACGGCGUGGAGACCGCCUCCGAGUCUCCGGCCCGCGACUUCGAGGCGAAGGAGGAGCCCGACGCGGCUGAGAGGGUGAAACGAGAGAACAGCGAGGAGGACUCGCCCGGGCUCAGUGAAAAGUUGGCGAUGCAGGUGCGCGUGGUGCUCGAGAGGGUGGUCGAGACGGCCGACCGGACCCGUCGGGGCCUCUCGCCGGCCGAGCUGUCGCGGCGCCACGGGGUCGAGGGACAGGGGGCCGCCUGGUGGACCCGAAAUCUUCCUCUGGCCGAGAAGUGCCGCCCUCUGCGGGUGACGCUGACCCGUCUCCGUCGUCGACCGGCGCCCCGCGUCGCCCUGCCGGACAUCGACGAGAUCCGGGAGAUCAACAGGAGCAUGCUCACCGCCGAAGUCGCCCCGACCUUCGUCCGUUCCUCGGAGUCGGUCUCCGCCGAGACCCUGGACGUCGACGACGAGCGGCCGGAGAGCAGACGGUUCCAGUACCUCUACGGGGACAUGCUGAGGAUGAUGGCUCGCAACGCUAAGAGAUUUCUGCCGGCGACGCGACCCACUCCGUCGACGGACGCGAAGGCGGCGCCCUACCCCGGCCCGAAGGCCGUCGCCGAGACGUCGCAACUGAGCGACCUCGAGAAGUGGGAGAGGGAGAAGCGCGUCGGCCUGCAGUACUUCAGCCUGCCUCAUCUGCUCGACCCCGAGCCCCGGCGGCGGGCCGAACUUCGGCGGCGGUCGGCCCCCGACCCGACGCCGCCCCGUCCGGCGGCCCGCCUCGUCUCGGAGUCCGAUUCCGAUUCCCGAGAGGACGCGGCGAGUCCUCGGGCCGACGAGAGACCGGCCGGCAUACUGGACGACGAGCUGAGCGACCUCAGGCGAACGGAGAAGGCCGACUCCCGACCGAGGGGCUCGCCCGUCUCCGGCUUCUUCGCUCCCGGUCCCGGUCCCGUGGCUCCCGGCCCCGUCGCUCCCGGCCCGGUCGGCUCGGAAGGCGGACUCGACGUCCUCAAACCGGUGCAACCGACCGCGGGAAUCCACAAUCCCGUGAUCACGUGCGGAAGUCACUCGAUAAGACUCGUGGAAGACACUCGACACACGGCCGCCGAGAGGAAGAGGCGGAUGAAGCUGUCGGAUCGAGAGAAACGCGUGAAGAUCAAGUUCACCAGCAUCCUGAACGAGAUGACCGAGGAGAGGAGGCGAAAGGCGCGAGACGGAGGCGCCGAGCCCCCGUCCUUCGCAGAAGGAUUCGCGGGAGCCUCGUGCCACUUCAAACUGCCGGCGGAGCGCUGCGUGACGGCGGCCAAGUACGCGGCGGCCGGCGGCGGAGGGACGGCGCUGAUGCGGGCGGACCUCGAGAGGCCCCUCUGGCUGGUCUCUCGCGAGUUCGUGGUGCUGACGAGGACGCCGCUGACUUUCGCCCGGCCCUCGUACUGGGGCACGCCGCCGGACACGUCGCGCGUGACGCUCACGCGCGUGCUGUUCCCGGACGAGGACGACCGCCGGGACUCCGCCGUCGUGGACCUCACGGACGACACGGAGCCGGCCGACGGCGAGCUCCCGUUCAAGACUCUCGUCGACGACCCGCCUCGGCGCGUCUUCGUGUACAACAUGGUGCAGGACGUCGUCACCUUCCGGCGGUUGAACUCGAGUCGAAGGUCGCUAUUCCUGUUCUCGCUGCGGACCGGCGCCCUGAAGGUCGCGCCCGCUCCCGAGACGAUGGUCGGCCCCGCCCUUCCGGUCGUGACCUCCGUGUCCGGCGUGUCGUCCGUCGGGGCGCUCCCGAGUCCGGCGGCGAUUGGCCUGCGCGAGGUGUCCGUGAGCGUGCCGGCUUACGAGCGCGGCCCCGGCUCGGGCUCCGGCGCGCCGCCCGUCGUGCUGCAGCGAGAAGGUCUCGGGCCGACGCGGGCGAAAGCCCCCGCGCCGCCGGGCCCUCGGUCCCGCCCUGGAACUCCCGAAGUGCGGCGCCCCAAGCGCCUUGCCCCGAACCGACGUGUGAAGACGAGCGCGUUCUUUCUGAGCGAAGGGGAGAUCCGACACGACUUGGCUCACGUUUAGCGAGACAAGAAUUGGUGACGUCACUAUCGAAUGAGUCGUGACGAAAUAUAUGAACGUCUUCCGUUUGCUCCUAUUUAAAAUUUCACCGUUUGUAAAAUAAUAAAAAUAUCGUCCCUUCCUUCCUUAAGGCAGUCUCAGUCGGGAUAAUAAAAUAAAAUAAAUAAAAUAAUAACUUCUUUUUUAUUCGCAGUUUCAGGAAGGCGUUCAAUUCCUCCGGGUUACUUAAUAAUUAUUGCGAGAGCGAAAUACUGUUCGGUGGAACGUGAUAUGACGAAUUUAUUAAAAAUCGAUGGAGAUAAUAAAUAAGGCGACAAUCAUCUUCUACCGAUCGACGACAUUGAUUCGUUAAAGAUAAUUGCACACACUAUGUUCAAUAAUAUUCAAUUAAAUACUUAGCUAUGUAGAUUUGUAUAACAAAAACAAUAAAACAUCCCUUACAA